AUGAGUCAAAUUGACGAUUUUGUAAAAAUCUUAAAUGAUAUAUCUCGAACUUUGUCAUUAGAACUUGAUUCACCAAAAAAUCUAAUUCAAUAUGUUAAAGAUAACAAAUUACUUUCUUAUUCAGAUAAAAAAGCUUUUAUCGAUGACAUUAAUAAGAGUAUUUUUUAUGAUCAACUUAAUGCAAAAAAACAUGAUGAAAAAUUUAAAAAAUUAAAUGCGAAAUGCAUAAAUUGUCAAUAUGACCUUUAUGAAAAUUUUUAUUGCAUAAUGUGUGUUCGUUCUUAUUUAGAAAAUAAUUUUACAAAAUGGACAUCUGGGAAUAAAAUUUUGGAUUCGGGAAUUCGAUUUUCUCAAUUAAAAUAUUCUGCUGGACUUAAUAUUGUUGAAUGGAUUCCAUUUGAAAAUUUUUUUAUUCAUGGACAUAAAACAGAUGGUGGAUACGGAUCUAUUUAUGUUGCUUAUUGGAUUGAUGGCCCAAUUUAUUCUUGGAAUGAUUAUGAAAACCAAUUUUUGAGAGGUGGAUCCACAUUGGUUAUUUUAAAAUCCAUGAGAAAUUUCAAUAAUCAAAAUGAAGAUUUUUAUAAAGAGGUUUUAGUCCAUAUUAUGCUUACUUCUGAAAUUCCUCACCUUAUUAAAUGUUAUGGCUUAACCAAGGAUCCUGAGAAUGAAAAUUAUAUGAUGGUACUGUCAUAUGCAUUCGAUGGCGAUUUAAAAGAUUUUUUAAAAAAGAAUAAUUUUACCUGGAAAGAAAGAUAUAGUUUAUUAUGUGAUAUUACUUUGGCACUUUUAAAACUUCAUGAACAUGAUAUUAUACAUAGAGAUCUUCAUCCAGGAAAUAUUUUAAUUACUGGAAAUAGUUGGAAAAUUGGUGAUUUGGGAAUUUCAAAGUUUUCAGAUGAUAAAUCAAAAAGUGAAAUUAUUGGAGUUCUACCAUACAUCGCACCUGAAGCUCUAAUAGGCUCUGAUUAUACGACUGCAGUUGAUAUAUAUAGUAUUGGAAUAAUUAUGUGGCAAAUAGUAUGUAAUCAUGUUCCAUAUUGGGAUAGAAAUCAUGACAUUUCACUUGCAAGAGAUAUUUAUUUUGGUCUUCGUCCACCAAAAAUUCCUGGUUUACUAAUUGGCUAUGAAGAAAUAAUGGAAAAAUGUUGGAAUUCUGAUGCUUCUUUCAGACCAAGCGCUUUGGAACUUUAUGAGUUUUCAAAAAAAAAUUAUCAAGAAAUUUGUA